GCUCGACUCCCCCUUGCCACCAAGGUCUCCGCUCACAACGGCCAGGUUCUCCUUUCGACCGGGUGCCCGUCGCUCGACGACGUCUUGGGCGGCGGUUUGCCCAUCGGAUCUGUUAUCCUCAUCAAAGAAGAUCGAUACACCGGCUAUUCCGACAUUCUCCUCAAGUAUUUUCUCGCCCAAGGCAUCGUCGCUCGCCAUCCGAUCUUCCUUGCUACCGCCGACGAAAACGGCACCGAAACCUUCCGGAAGGGUCUCAUGGGUGUCUCUGAGGGCAAGGGUGGAGAAGAUGAUGCCGUCCUCACCUCCAGAGAUGGCGAGAUCAAAAAUGCCCCUUCCCUCCAGGCUUCCGACGGAGACUCCAAGCUCAAGAUUGCCUGGCGAUAUCAAGGACAGGCCCCUCCAUCAGCAGGCACACCCCGCAGUCCUGCAUCGAGCCCUUCUGCAGCGCCUCAGCCCUCUCCCUCUGGCAGGCUUCCGGAUCCACCCUACUGCGCAACAUUCGAUCUGACCAGGAAAAUGUCACCCCAGCUGCUCGGAGAUAUGCACAACCAAAUGACUAUGCUUGAUGUUGGUCUCUGGGCCAAUGACGAUGUCACGUCCAAAUACGACAGACUGCUGAACAACAUCCAGGACCUUAUCGAAUCUGGAGGAUUCCGGCCAACCGCCCCACCUCCGCCAUCCGGGAUUCGAGAUGCCCUCCGAAUCGGGGUUCAUUCAAUCGGCUCCCCAAUGUGGGGAAUGGAGGAUUGUACGAUGACAUCACAGGCUAUGUUUCGGUUUUUCCAUCGUCUUCGGGGACUCGUACGAUUCUCCUUCUCGACCGCUUUCGUCACCAUCCCCGCACAUCUCUACAAUGACUAUCAUGGCGUCACCUCCAACCCAGUCAUCCGCCGGAUCGAACACAUGUGUGAUGCCGUCAUCGAAAUCGAGUCCUUUGCUGGUUCACCCAAAACUAUAAACACGGCCUACACAUCGGACUAUCAUGGCUUUAUCCAUGCCAUCCGCCUCCCCCGACUCAACUCGCUAUCACACUCGACCCGCUUCCCAGAAUCACAAGUGCGCUCCCUGGCAUUCAAGGUGCGCCGAAAACGGUUUUUAAUUGAACCAUUCCACCUCCCACCUGAAGCUGGGGACUCUGCUGAACGGGAAUCCAAGUCGAAAGGCACGGAUCUCCCAAAGAAUCAGACUUCAUCAGUCGCCAGAAGCGUCUCCAGAAACAUCGUCCCUUCGACAGGAUGUGCGGCCGGUCUUGACAUGAAGGCAAAGCAACUUGACUUUUAACGGUUGUCGACUAUCAAGUCAUCUGUGGCCGGCGCGACUGACUUGGCGGAUCACUGAGUUGCUUGGCAUCGAUACAGCCGCAUCAAUUGUGACAAUGACGUUGCUAUUUGCAAGCAGUGCAACGCCAACUCCAGGAGAGCUAAUACAUCGAACCGUUUAAAUCAAAGCAGAUGGCUCUAUCUCGCCGGGAAACUCUCCCAUGUCCAGGCUCCGUUGAGUCCACGGCCCAGGACACAAAGCCCAUCCAACCUCGCUGAUCGGGAAUUACAUCCGAUUCAAUGAAAUAGGACACACCGGAUUUUGAUGAAUGUUCUCCCUCAACACAUCGCACGCUCGCCAUGACCGUUCAGUGAUGUGUUUCUGGAUCUGAAUCAAGGACGCUUUCUCGCUCAGAUGGCUCCCCGCAAGCGAAAGGCACCAGCCAGGCAACGUCGAUUCAAGCGACUCGAUCUCCAG